AAUCGCCGUCGCAAAUCUCUUCCCCCAUUUACUUUUCCCCGCUGCAAUUUUUCAGUUGCUGCCGCGGGAACAACCGGAAUUAAGUUCUUCGACGGAGAAAUCAUGGCCUCCGUUGGCGCUGGAAUCAAUCGGUUCCUUAUUCAGAAGGUAAUUCUUCACUGAAUCGAUGAUCUUCUUCCUUAUAGCUUUGGAUUUGGAUUGCUCUUUCUGCUGUUUUAAUUGCCGCCUUUCUCAAAUUUCUUGCUCACCCGAGUGAAUUUUUUUGUGUGAUUAAGCUGAUAAGUUGAAAUCUUUUUUGUUGUGGGGUUGUUGAUAAUCACAGUGGGAAUGAGUAAGUAUGGUUUAAACCUGCGGGUACCCAAGUCGCAGCAGAAUAAGAAGCCACCGAGGCCGCCGCCUCCCAAGGUCCUGGGGUUUGGGGACGAUGAAGAUGACAAUGUGGAGCAAGAGAUUUUGCGGCAAGCUAGCAAGAACAAUUCUCUUAAAGACGUUGAGGAGCAACAUAAGAAAGCGUUGGAGGAGGAUCCGUCAGCGUUUGAUUAUGAUGGAGUUUACGACGAGAUGAAGCAAGCAGUUGUUCGUCCGCGGAUUGAAGAUAAGCAACAGAGAAAGCCCAAGUACAUCGAGGCUCUGAUUCAGAAAGCAAAAGAGAGGGAACGUCAACAGGAGGUAGUGUUCGAGAGAAAGAUUGCCAAAGAAAGAAGCCAAGACGACCAUCUUUAUGCCGACAAGGACAAAUUUGUUACGAAUGCCUACAAGAGGAAACUCGCUGAGCGCGAGCAGUGGUUGAAAGAAGAAAAACUCCGUGAACUCAAAGAGCAGAAGGACGACGUUACCAAGAAGAGCGAUUUGACCGACUUUUACUUCAACCUCACCAAGAACGUUGCAUUCGGUGGUCAAGACGCAGAGACGAGGCGGCAAGAGAAGCGGGCUGCUGAAGCCAAGAAGGCGGAGGAGGAGAAGCAAGAUGUUGGGGAAUCCUCAGCAGGAGUAGUAGGAGGAUCAAAGGCAACCCCCUCAUCGCUACCGGAGUCUGAGAAGCCAUUGCAUCCUUCACCGGACUCUGAUUCUCAAACGCAUCUCGAACCUACAGAUCUCAAGCCAGCAGCUGAUAAACCGGUCUGCGAUGCUUCUUCAUCAGCACCCGCAGAAGAAGUUACCACAGAGGAGCAGCCACCACCGGCUAAGCAAGCUACAGCUGACCAUUAUAAGAGAAAGCAAGAUGAGAUCAGUGCAGCGAGAGAACGGUUGUUGGCCAGAAAGAGAGCAAAACUGCAGCAGCAGCUACUGUAGGGUGUUGGUAAGGACUAACUAGUCCUGUGCAUCAAGGCAUGUGAACAUUUCUUGUAUCCAACUUGACUUGUGCUGUGAAAUUGUGAGAAGUGAAUUCUUAACCUGCAAGUCUGUCACUGUGUAAUUGCUUACUGAUUGUUAAAUUGUACGAGGUCUUGCCCUCAUGUUUGUUUGAGCUGUUUGAAAGCAUUUUGAUAAGAAACUCAAACUAAAACCAUGAGGUCUGCACCUUACCAUUGACAGAAUCUGUGUUAACCCUUGUAUAUUUAGUUAUCUUCUUCACCAGAGCUUUAUGUUUAGAAUUAGACCAUAGUAUUUUUCACUAAUUUUCCUUUUCAUACAAUGCAGACAAAAAAUGACAGAUCAUGCUGCUAUGACUUUUGGCAGCAGUCAUUUGCCCUUCUUUAAUCUUUACUACAUGAUUACAUUUUUGCCGACAGAGUUCAUUCGAAGGGGGACGAAUAAUAAACAACUAAACUUUUUACAUACUAAUCCUGUCUCGAGAUCAAUGAA